ACUCUAGCUUCAGCAGGGCCGGACCACUGGCUCCCUUCUCUGUGUGAAUCUGUCAGGGAGGCAGUGUGUGUGUGUGUAUGUGUGUGUGCGCAUGUCUCCAUUGGGAACGCUUCUUUUUAAACUUUGGGAGCGGUGGGCAGGCUUUUUCAGAGUGUGAGAGAGGAGAGUAGACCCCCGUGGUGCUGUGAUUUGACUAAACAAACAGCCAGACUUCGGAGCAGUACCUCCUCCGGCGGACUCCCGGGACGGCAGAGAUUAACCUCAGACUCUGAACAUCUGAGGGAUCUAUACAUCUGAGGCAGCAGCCCCUGUAGAGACAACCAGCUGGAAAUCUCUCCUCUGAUUUCAGAAGGAGGAGACUGCUGGCCGGCAACCUCCUCGGACAGAGAGGGACGACUUGUCCAUGCUUCUAGGAUCACUCUGAAGCAGAACAAAGUGAAUUGAAGGCGUCCACCAUGAGGAGGGUGACAGCAUCCACGCUCCAUAUAACAGUCACGGUUGCAGCUCUCCUGUAUCUCUGCGCCGAGCUGCACUGUCUGGAGAUCACACCCGAUGACAAGCAGCUCGUCCUGGCCGCGGGCGCCUCUCUCACCCUCACCUGCUCCGGCUCAGGGGAAACGACGUGGGUGUUCAAGAGGGACGACGUGCCGUACUUCCAAGUGGAACCAGUUCAAAAUCCUGGAAAAAACUACCAAAUUGUGCAGAGCAGCCCCACAUCCAGUGUGUUGACCUUGUGGAACGUGAGCUGGAAGCACACAGGGGUGUAUCAGUGCAUUGAUCGUCACACUGAAGAGCCGAAGGAAGUGGCUGUUUUUGUCCCAGACAAUGAUGUGUGGUUCGUAGAGAGCAUCCACGGCAUGGUAACAAAGACGAGUGAGGAGAGCAACGUCCCCUGUGUGGUCACCAACCCGGACAUCAAUGUCACCCUGUACGAGAGGGACACUGAUGUGCAGAUCCACGGGACUUAUGUCCCCAGUGAGGGGUACAAGGCACUGCUGGAGGACAGGACCUAUGUGUGUCGGGGAGAGCUGAACGAGGAGGUCAAAGAGUCCCAGGCCUUUUAUGUCUUCAGCAUUGUGGUCCCAGGGUCCAUCGACGCCUACAUCAAUGCGUCAAAGACUGUCCUGAAGCAGGGCGAACCGCUGACAGUAAACUGCACAGUGCAUGGAGUGGAGCUGGUGUAUUUUUCCUGGUUUGUCCCCAAGCGUGAGGACGAGCCCCUGACAGAGUUCCCGUCCCCCAUGAGCAUGCGAUCCUGCCUGUUCUUCCCUAACACCACGGUGGCUCACAGCGGAAACUACGUCUGCCAUGUCCACGAGAGUGUUGAAGACCAGACUGCCUCUGCCAGCGUCAACAUCACCGUGCUCGAGCGGGGAUUUGUGGAUGUGAAGCCUGCUCAGCAACAAAACAUUUCAGCCAAGCUGCAGGAGAACGUGGAGCUGAGAGUGGAGAUCGAAGCCUACCCUCCCCCUCGGGUCCGCUGGAGCAAAGACGGAGCCACCAUCAAGGGAGACAAAACCAUCAUGAUCAGACAAGAGCAUGAGAUCAGGUAUGUCACUAUUCUCACCUUGGUGAGGGUGAGGACGGAGCAGAAGGGCCUCUACACUGUUCUUGUCACUAAUGAAGAUGACACAAAAGAAGUGACCUUUGACCUGGAGGUCCAAGUUGCCUCUCAGAUUAAAGGACUGACUGACCACCACCUCCCUGGGAAGAGACACUUGGUGACCUGUGAAGCUGAGGGGGUCCCGACCCCGACCAUCCAGUGGUACAGCUGUGACAGCAUGCACAAGUGUAGCAACCAGACAGCGGUGUGGCAGCCGCUCGUACCAGAGCUAGAGGUGCUGAGCAUCCAGACCGACGUCCGCUACAGCGAGACGCGUAAAAUCAGCCAGGUGCGGAGCCAGGUGACCUUCCACAAGCCCCAGCAGGUCACAGUGCGCUGUGAGACCAGCAACCAAGCAGGACUUAUUGACAGAAGAGACGUCAAACUGGUGUCCAGCACGCUUUACUCCCAGGUGGCAGUGUUGGCUGCUGUUUUAGCCUUAGUGGUCAUCAUCAUCAUCUCCAUCAUCAUCCUCAUUGCAGUUUGGAGGAAGAAACCUCGCUAUGAGAUCAGAUGGAAGGUGAUAGAGUCUGUGAGCCAGGACGGUCAUGAGUACAUCUAUGUGGACCCCAUCCACCUGCCCUAUGACCUGGCCUGGGAGAUGCCUAGAGACAACCUGGUGCUGGGUCGCACUCUUGGAUCAGGAGCCUUUGGCAGGGUAGUCGAGGCAACUGCGUUCGGUCUCACUCAUUCCCAGUCCAGCACAAAAGUGGCCGUGAAAAUGCUGAAAUCGACAGCCAGGAGAAGUGAGACUCAGGCUCUGAUGUCAGAGCUGAAGAUCAUGAGUCACCUGGGUCCUCACCUCAACAUCGUCAACCUGCUGGGAGCGUGCACCAAACAUGGCCCUCUGUAUCUGGUGACCGAGUACUGUCGCUAUGGAGACCUGGUGGACUACCUGCACAGAAACAAGCACAGCCUCCUGCAGUACUACGCUGAGAAGAACCAAGACGACAGCUGCCUCAUUUCUGGAGGAAGCACUCCGCUCAGCCAGAGGAAAGGCUAUGUGUCCUUCGGAAGUGAGAGCGAUGGAGGAUACAUGGACAUGAGUAAAGACGAGCCCACGCUGUACGUUCCCAUGCAGGAGCAGAUGGACUCCAUCAAGUAUGCAGACAUCCAGCCCUCUCCCUACGAGUCUCCCUACCAGCAGGACGUCUAUCAGGAACAAGGUGGCGGCAGAUUGGACCUGGCCAUCAGUGACUCUUCUGCUCUCACCUACGAUGAUCUGUUGGGCUUCAGCUACCAAGUGGCAAAGGGGAUGGAGUUCCUCGCCUCCAAGAAUUGCGUCCAUCGUGACCUUGCUGCAAGGAACGUGUUGAUCUGCGAGGGGAAACUGGUGAAGAUCUGUGACUUCGGCCUGGCCAGAGACAUUAUGCAUGAUUCCAACUACAUCUCUAAAGGCAGCACUUUCCUGCCCUUGAAGUGGAUGGCACCAGAAAGUAUCUUCCAUAACUUGUACACCACCCUGAGUGACGUUUGGUCCUAUGGCAUCCUUCUUUGGGAGAUUUUCACACUGGGAGGAACCCCCUACCCAGAUUUGCCAAUGAAUGAGUUGUUCUACAGCGCUUUGAAGAGAGGUUACCGAAUGGCCAAGCCUGCACACGCCUCUGAAGAAGUUUAUGAAAUCAUGAAGAAGUGCUGGGAUGAGAAGUUUGAGAAGAGGCCUGAGUUCUCCUUUCUGGUCCACAGUGUUGGGAAUAUGCUAACAGACUGCUAUAAAAAGAAAUACAGCCAAGUCAACGACAACUUCCUGAAGAGUGAUCACCCAGCAGUCGCCCGCACCAAACCGCGACUCUCCUCACCUUUUCCCAUCGCCAACCCAGCAUUCGGCUCCCCGUCCACUCCCCUCUACAUGCCCCCAGACCCCUACAACCAGAGCCUGAGCCCUGGAGAAUUCAGCCCAGAGGCAGACACGCAGGAAGCCAUAACUUCAUACAACGAAUACAUCAUUCCCAUCCCAGACCCGAAGCCAGAAGACGCUUUCACUGACGUGCCAUCAGACAGCCCUGCAAGCUCUCUGGCUCUGGAGGAGACCGACUCUGUGGACACUGCUGACACCCUCCCAGAGGAGGACAGGCUGGAGGAGACCAGCGAGAAAGACGCUCUGCUCGGCUCCUCUGGGACGCCCGAGGUAGAAGACAGCUUCUUGUAGCCACGUAAAGGGACCCUGAGAAAACAUUCCCCCCUUCUUGGGAUUUUCUUUUCAAACCUGCCUGAAAAAAGGGAAUGUGACUAAACUAGAAUGUAGCAAAUUGAAGAAGGCGAUCUUCAUAUUUCCACUAAGCACUCGAAAAGUUUUGCCCGUUUUUCAAACUUAGUACCUCUGAAACUAAAAUGGUUACAAAUAAUGAGCAUGAUGAUCUCAUCCAGUCAUUUAUUGGAAGCUUGCCAUUAUGUACGGUACUCUCCUUACACUUCUAGAGUUUACAGAAAGUAAAGAUGUAUUCUAUCAUAGCCAGAGACUUAUGAUGCCUUAUGAGAUACGUGUAUUUUGUGGUUAGACAAAUUUAGCCAUAUGUGUCUUUUUGGCUCUUAUUAUUUUAUCCCCUUAUUGUUCACAAGCAGCAAACUUUUUUUUUUGAGAAACAGUAUUAGUUUUAACAGCACAAACGGAUUAACACAAUAAUAUAAACAAACAUUACACAAACAUACACAAAAUGCUGUCCAGACAAGAACAAUAUUAAAUUCUCAUAUUAUUGGGAAUCAUUAGCACCAUCAAAACAGCGAUCAGACAUGAAACUAAAGUGAUUGAAUAUAAAGUUUAUGUUGCGUCUUUCCCUAUCAGUACGACCCACAACUGUAUCCUGUGUUAUAAUAUUUUUUUAUAAAAUGUUACUUUCCAUGACAUGAAAUACCAAUUCUACGUACAUGCACUGUUUUACUACGAUAAUUACUUUAUUUUUAGCUUCACAUGCCAUAGUGUUCAACAUUUUGUUUUUUUAAGAAUUAUAUGAAAUAUGUCAUUUUUGUGAAUUUUGCCUUCUUGUUUUGUAUAGGUUUUAUUCAUAGUUGUGUGCCAGAUUUGCACUUUAUUUAGACAUUUGUUGAUAUUCAUAAUGAAGAUAUAAAUAUACUCUACAAUAUAGAUUGAAUAGUUUACCUGAGGAUCAACUUUUGACUUGUAGCUGUUACAGUAAAUCAGUCUCUGUGAUGACCAUAGACCGUAUAAAAGAAGUUGAGGGGGCCUCCAUGACAUCACCUAUUGGGUUUUGGACUAUAAUUUUGAAGGCUGGUCUAUUUAACUCGAAAUGGGACCAUCAUUUACAAAAUGAACAUCAUGCUAUUUUGAAGAAGACAUUUACAGUGAUUGAAACCAUAAACUCACCAGGAAAAUGUUUACCGAGAUGAUAAAUAAAGUGAAAAAUAGGUUCAUUUUCUCAUUGACUUCUUUACAAACUGACUCGAGAGGAGUCACCCCCUGCUGGACAUCAGAGAGAAUGGCGGUUAAAGCCACAUUGGCUUCACUUUCAGUUGGAAAUCUUUUAUACGGUCUGUUGUGAUGACAGGUGACUCUCUCGUGAAAAUACUUUAAAUACAGCGUCUCACUGCCUGAGCACAAGACGGCACACAUCAGUGCCUUUGUAUAGACUGACAGAUUUCUGUCUCGCAGCUAUUGUUGCUUGCUGAUAUGAUAUAAAGGGCUAGUGUACUCAAGAAACCUAGAUAGCCAUAUGUGUACAUGUAAAAAAAUGACGCUUUGAGUCUUCUGCUGCAUUGUAUAGCAUUCACUUACACAAUGUUUUAACUGCCAAUAGUAUAGUAUCGUCCACCAUUUAAAACUCCACAUUGUCAUUUUCUGUAGCAGUCUAAAAUGCACAAGAUCACUGUAUCACAAGCUACGGUACCAAAGCUCUUCUUAACGUUUACAAAUGUAUUUUUUAUAUGUGCCAUUUUAUAUGUUGUAAAUGUGACAAUAAAUGUGUAUUAUCAUAGAA